GAGAUGAGAUUAUGUAUUAAAAGAAUGAGAACAAGAGAAAGAACCAAGGGUUAUAAAAGAAUUAAAAAAACUGUGGCCAGAAGAGAAGAAAACAAAACUAAAGAAACAUCAAAGUAUGUGAUUAAUUCAAAAGAACAAGCAUUGAGAAAACUAUUAAAACCUGUAUUUAUUCCAAAAGUAUAUAGAAAAACAAUACUAGAAAAGAAAAGGAUGAAAAAAUUAGAAGAGGCAAAAAGAAUGCUAGAACUAAAAAAGAUAAACAAAAAAGUCAUGUUUGAUAGUUACUAA